UCAGUCAAAUGUUGGGGAAUGACAUCAAGUAUCAGGUGCGAGAGCCUGUUGGACUGAGGGUCUGGAUCCUCAUCUCUGCAGUAGCCUUCACAGUCAUGGCCUUGAUGGCCCUGGUGUUGCCCAAGCAGCUGUAUGACAUAGUGUUUGAAGAGGAGAUCAACAACACCAGUGUCUCCAUCAGACUCUAUGGGGGAGCACUGCUCAGUCUGUCCCUCAUCAUGUGGAAUGGUGUCUAUACACAAGAGAAGAUCAUCAUCCAGUGGACUCUGCUCAGUGAAGCAUGCUACUUUGCCAUCCAGUUUUUAGUGACGUCAGUCACUCUAGUGGAGAUAGGCUCGUUGCCCAACGCUGCAAUCUUCCUCCUCCUCAGCCGAGUAAUCUUCCUCCUGGUCACUCUGCUCUACUACUACUACCUGGGCAGAGGACGACCCAAGAAGAUCUGAUGGCGAGGGGAACUUUGCUUCCAGAUGUGGGCUCAGAGGGAGGUGGGGUGUAUUGAGGGAGGCAGGUAGCCUAGUGGUUAGAGCGUUGGGCCAGUAAAUGUUGCU